AUGGGAAGCAGUGUAACAAUUUUAUUUACUUUCCUAUGCAUUAGCAUAUGUCUUGAGGCUACCAUAACUCGUCAUCAUCCUAUCCUUCGUGCUCCGACAGCGACCCCUCAGGAAUUUUUGAAGGUUCACAACAAUGUACGAUGGAAAAUUGGCCUACCGCCCUUGCAGUGGGACGAAAAACUAGCAGCGGUUGCUAGGGUUUACACGAAAACGAGAGCGACCAUAGACUGCAGGAUGGUACACUCGAUGGGCCGUUAUGGGGAGAACAUCUUCUGGGGUGGCGGGAAACAACCGUGGGGGGCGAGGUUCGCGGUGAAUUCGUGGUCACAUGAGAAGUUGUUCUAUGAUUACAAGACCAAUAGUUGCAAACCCGGGCAAAUGUGUGGGCAUUACACGCAAAUGGUGUGGAAGGACACGAAGCGUCUGGGUUGUGCACGAGAGGUUUGCAGCAAUGGAGCAGGGGAGCUCGUCAUAUGCAACUAUGAUCCACCUGGAAAUUGGGCUGGAGAGAAACCUUAUUAG